CCUCGCCGCGGUGCUGUGUGCAAGUUGGGGUCCUCUGUGGCUGGGGCGUCCCGAUGGUCCCCAGCUGGCGGAGUCAGGGGCGGAGGGAGGAUGACCUCUCCUUGGGGUCACAGUGCCGACCUGGCCCGCUUCUACACUGUCACCGAGCCCCAGCGACACCCCCGGGGCUACACAGUCUAUAAGGUUACCGCCCGGGUUGUUUCACGAAGAAAUCCAGAAGACGUCCAGGAGAUAAUUGUAUGGAAGAGAUACAGUGACUUUAAGAAACUGCACAAAGAAUUAUGGCAAAUUCACAGAAACUUAUUCCGACACUCAGAGCUGUUUCCUCCAUUUGCUAAAGGGAUAGUGUUUGGGCGAUUUGACAAGACUGUUAUUGAGGAGAGACGCCAGUGUGCCGAAGACUUGCUCCAGUUCUCCGCCAACACUCCCGCCUUGUACAACAGUAAGCAGCUCGAGGACUUCUUCAAGGGUGGGGUGAUUAAUGACGGCUCUGCACUAAUUGGUCCUGUUGACGAGCACCCAGACUCCCUGCCUGACACCUUUCCUGAGUGUGGUGUGGAAGGCUUCUCCAGUGACAGUGACCUCCUGUCCCUUACUGUUGAUGUGGACUCUCUUGCAGAGGUAGAUGAUGGAAUGGCUUCCCGUCAGGGCUCUCCCAGUAAAGCUUUUGGUCUGAGUCUGUCUGCGGAUUCUUCGGCAGCAGGAGCUGUUGCUUCUGACAGUGAACCGAGCAAAGCAGAAGACCGGGAAAGCCGCAGCCUCUUCCCCAGCAGCUUAAAGCCGAGGCUCGGCCGGAGAGAUUAUCUGGAGAAGGCAGGGGAGCUUAUCAAGCUGGCCGUGAAGAAGGAGGAGGAAGACGACUAUGAAGCUGCUUCUGACUUUUACAGGAAGGGCGUUGACCUGCUCCUGGAAGGUGUCCAAGGAGAGUCGAGCCCCACGCGCCGGGAGGCUGUGAAGAGAAGGACAGCAGAGUACCUCAUGCGUGCAGAGAGCAUCUCCAGCCUCCGCGCCACACCUCAGCUGGAUGCUGGACUGCAGCCUCCAGGAUCACUAAGUUCAAGGCCCCCUUGGAACCUAAGGAGCCCUGCCGAGGAGCUGAAGGCCUUCAGAGUCCUUGGGGUGAUUGACAAGGUUUUACUUGUAAUGGACACAAGGACAGAACAGACGUUCAUUUUAAAAGGUCUGAGGAAGAGCAGCGAGUGCAGCAGGCACAGGAAGACCAUCAUCCCCCGCUGCGUGCCCAACAUGGUGUGUCUGCACAAGUACAUCAUCUCGGAGGAGUCCGUGUUCCUUGUGCUGCAGCAUGCUGAAGGUGGCAAGCUCUGGUCCUACAUCAGUAAAUUUCUAAACAGAAGUUCUCAGGAAAGCUUCUACACUAAGGAAACGAAACCGAGCUUGCCGCACCGCGUCUGCCUGCAGCAGCCGAGUGCCAGUCCCCAGGACAGCAGCAGCUUCGAGUCCAGAGGCAGCGACAUGGGGGGCAUGCUGAAGGUCCUGCCGCUGAAGGCGAGUCUCACCCCGAGUUCUCAAGAGGACAGCAAUCAGGAAGACGACGGCCAGGACAGCUCUCCCAAAUGGCCUGACUCCGGGUCCAGCUCCGAGGAGGAGUGCACAGCUGGCUACCUGACGCUGUGCAAUGAGUAUGGGCAGGAAAAGAUCGACCUGGGGUCUUUGAAUGAGGAGUCUGUCAUGCAGCCCGAAGGGAAGAGUGCGGAUACCCAGGCUGCUUUGAGUUUCCCAGCACCCCUUGCUGUUGAUAGUGUGAGCCCUAGCACUCAGCUCAAGUUCUUCCCUGGUGAUGAGGAUCCAGGAGCAGCUUGUUCCCCUCAGACGUCCCAGUCCCUCACCAUGUCAAAAAACAGCCCUAUGGAGUUCUUUAGGAUUGACAGUAAGGACAGCACAAGUGAACUCCUGGGACUGGAUUUCGGCGAGAAGUUGCACGGUCUGAAGCCAGAACCUUUGAAAGCGCUCUUUACCCUUGCAGAUGGAGACAGAGAAAGCAAGGAGGAGACUGAAGCUCAGGACUCCAUCAGCAGGGGCUCAGAUGACUCCGUCCCGGUCAUUUCAUUCAAAGAAGCUGCUCUUGAGGAUGUCUGUGGUGCUGAGGAAGGAAGGCCUGACCUUCUGGUAAACCUGCCUGGUGAACCGCAGCCAACCAGAGAGGCUUUAGCAAUGGACCCCACUAAGUUUUCACAGGCUGGUGCGGGCAGGCUGGAAAGUAAACUGAUGGAAGCCCCGGAUGUUUUAUGCCUCAGGCUGAGUUCUGAACAGUGCCAUGGCCUGGGGAAAGAAGGCCAAGAGGAACUGAGUGAUCCCACUAGGUCCCUGGCCUGUGGUGUGACCCCAAAGCACCAUGUUCAGGCAGAUCUCGGGGUGUUGUUCACAGCUGCUGUUGAUCGCAGUAGCUCAGGAGACCAGUUUCUGUUAACCAGUUCAUAUCCCGAGUCUGAAGGGCUGGGACAAGUGGAGGCAGUGGUCACUGCACAUGACACGGGAGAAAGCCCGGUCCACAUCUCUAGUCCACGCUCAGGUGCACACACAGACAGUGCCACAGUGGAGGAAGUAUUACUGUUCACAGAGCAGGCUAAAGAGGAACCACGCUCUCUGUUUCAGAGAGACUCUGAGACCAAGGAGCAAAGUGUGCUAGCCCUGGGAGGAGAGAAGGAAAUCCACCAGAUUUUUGAGGACCUUGAUAAGAAAUUAGCAGUGAGCUCCAGGUUCUUCAUCCCAGAGGGCUGCAUUCAGAGAUGGGCAGCUGAAAUGGUGGUAGCCCUUGACGCCUUGCACAGGGAGGGGAUUGUGUGCCGUGAUCUGAACCCAAACAACAUCUUAUUGAAUGAUGGAGGACACAUUCAGCUAACGUAUUUUAGCAGGUGGAGUGAGGUUGAAGAUUCCUGUGACAGCGAUGCCAUAGCGAGAAUGUACUGUGCCCCAGAGGUUGGAGCAGUCACAGAAGAAACGGAAGCUUGUGAUUGGUGGAGCCUGGGCGCUGUCCUCUUCGAACUUCUCACUGGCAAGACGCUGGUGGAGUGCCAUCCCGCAGGAAUAAAUACCCACACCACUUUGAACAUGCCAGACUGCGUUUCUGAGGAGGCUCGCUCACUCAUUCAACAGCUCUUGCAGUUCAACCCUCUGGAGCGUCUGGGUGCUGGAGUGGCCGGUGUUGAAGACAUCAAAUCUCACCCAUUCUUCACUCCAGUGGACUGGGCAGAACUGACAAGAUGAAUGUCACGAGACCCCUUGUGAUAGGACUUCAGGAGUGGCUAGUCUUCCUUCAGCUGCUGUGCCAGAGCCUUGGGACAAGGCCUUAGAGGACGCAGCGGGGCAGUGGGCUGACAGACUCCCUUACCCCCGUCUGACAUGAGACCAGUGAACCUUGCCAGCAGCGGCUCUGCUCUCGCCUUCCCCCAGAUGUGACGUAAUGUGACUUCAGGGUUUCAGGUGUGUGGCAGACACCUGUGCAAAACACCUCUGCUGGGAAGCUGUAAGUGUAGAAGGGGCAUUUACGUGACUGGGGGGCCUUGUGGUGACAGCUGAUGGUGCUUCUGCUGAACAAGACUGGUUCACACGACUGAGUCAGGAUUUGCUGAGUAACACACUAAUCUGCUCUGUGGACAGUGUCGCCAGGCUGCUGACAGUGUGAGGAGGAAUGCCCAGUGCUGACAGGGCCAGGGGAACUGAGGAAAAACACUCUUGCCAGCUUUGAACCUGCUGGUUGAUGCUGCUAACUCUGAGGGCUCCUGGGAACAUGCCUGACUCCUGUCCGUCUCCCCUGGCUCCAUGUCCUGCAUCCUCUGCUCAUUCUCUUGGGCUCUGUUUUCCCACUUCUGUUAACACAAAAGGGAGGGGUGUUCAUCCCCAAGCUGCCAGUGUAACAAGAAAUCAUGAUGUCCAAUAAAUGUGGUUAAAACUC